GCUUCACACGGGGUGGCGAGGGCCGGGAUAAAACGGGCUGACGCGGGGCGCAGCGGCCGGAGCGCACACGUGGAGAGAGGAGACGCGGAGCGCGGGACUCCCGGGCGCGGAGCGGGAGCGGUUGGUGGGCGCCCAUCGAGGCCUCUUUCGGCGAGGCGGGGGUGCGCGGGGCAUGGAGGCCACUGAGAAGCAGCGCCUGUUGGACGCCAGGUCAUACAUAGGAUCUCUGUGGCCCCAACCUGGGCUGGACUUCCAGGCUGUUGAGCUGGCUGCCCAGAGCAGCCAUUACUGCCAUGCCCAGAAGGAUCCAAGCAGUCGCUAUGACCCCAAGAAGGAACGAGCUCAUCGCCAGCUCUAUGUGGCCUCUGUCGUCUGCCUGGUGUUCAUGAUCGGGGAAGUCAUUGGUGGGUACCUGGCACACAGCCUGGCUAUCAUGACUGACGCAGCCCAUCUGCUUGCUGACUUUGCCAGCAUGAUCAUCAGCCUCUUCUCCCUCUGGAUGUCCUCCCGACCGGCCACCAAGACCAUGAACUUUGGCUGGCAGCGAGCUGAGAUCCUGGGAGCCCUGCUCUCUGUGCUGACCAUCUGGGUUGUGACUGGGGUGCUGGUGUACCUGGCUGUGCAGCGACUCAUCUCUGGGGACUAUGAGAUCAAAGGGGACACCAUGCUUAUCACGUCAGGCUCUGCUGUGGCUGUGAACAUCAUAAUGGGGUUGAUCCUUUACCAGUCUGGCCAUGGGCACACCCACGGCAGUGGGCACAGCCGUGAGGACACCAGCCAGCAGCAGGAGAACCCCAGUGUCCGAGCUGCUUUCAUCCACGUGAUUGGGGACUUGCUGCAGAGUUUGGGUGUCCUGGUGGCAGCCUAUAUUUUAUACUUCAAGCCGGAGUAUAAGUAUGUGGACCCCAUCUGCACCUUCAUCUUCUCCAUCUUGGUCCUGGGGACAACCUUGACCAUCCUCAGAGAUGUGAUCCUGGUAUUGAUGGAAGGGACUCCCAAGGGCGUGGAUUUCACCGAAGUGCGGGACCUGCUGCUGUCGGUGGAGGGAGUGGAAGCCUUGCACAGCCUGCACAUCUGGGCUCUGACCGUGGCCCAGCCGGUGCUCUCUGUCCACAUUGCCAUUGCUCAGAACGCAGAUGCCCAGGCUGUGCUGAAGGUGGCCAGCACCCGUCUCCAGGGGAAGUUCCACUUCCACACUAUGACCAUCCAGAUUGAGAACUACUCCGAGGACAUGAAGGACUGUCGGGCGUGCCAAGACCCCUCAGACUAGCAGCCUGGCCAGCCACCGACUGAGGCAUGACCAGGACCUGCAGGUGGCCAGAUGGAGUGUCCUGCAGACCUAGCCAGAACUCUGCCUACCCUGUACCGCUCUCUGCUGCAGGUCCAGCGUGGAGUUUUGUCCCUUACAGGAGUGGGGCUCUUCCUGGCCUCCCCCAUCUGCCCACAGCCAACUCCGGAGUGGGACUGGGCAGGCGUCAAGCCGGUGCGACCCCUCUCCUCCACCUCUGGGUCAGCUCCCCACAGUGUUUGGGUGUGGUCCUAACUGGUGUCACCCACAGGGCGAAAGUCACUGAAGCAUAGCCUGGGCGACAAAGAGGAGACUGGCCUAAAAGUUCUCCCACUGGCCUACAUUUCCCACCUGCACCCUGACUGCUCUGGAAAAGAGCCCCUCUCUCUGCCAAUAUGGUUUGAAGGGCCACAGGGGUCAGGGGUUGUGAGGACCCCUGGACUCACACAAGUUCCCCUGAGAUGUGGAUCCAGGGGCACCUGAGGUCUCCCUGUGGCUUAGUCACCUUGGCUGCGGGACAAGUACUUCCCUUUCCUGGAGGAGGAGGCUUCUUAUGGGUAAGAACCUGGCUGGUUUCCUCAGCCCUUGUUCUCCCAGCCCAGGAAGCUGGGCCAAUUUACAGACACCCUUGACACAGUUUGGGGGAACGGGUUGUAGCUGGGUCUAGCCCAAACAACCUCCCAGCCCCAGAGCCACUCCUCCCACCCUGUGAGUGUUCCAGGGGAUUGCAGAGCCUGGAAUCAUACAUGAUUGACCUGGCUUGAUUGCCUGUAUGGACUGACUUAGUCAGAAUCUGGGCACAAAGGACGUGCACAGCCCAGGGCCUGACUAGGAGGGGGGAUCCUGGCCUCUGGGAUUCUAUGAACACUGCUGAUUUAGGGGCUGGCUUGUGUUUAUAAGAAGCAAGAGGGGAGAGCUGGCCCAUCUCACAGAGGCAACAUGCCCAGUUAUCAGAGUCCUAUGCCUAAUGUCUUUCUCACCUAAUGUCCAUUCCUGCUGGCACGAGCAAGUGUCCUUAGGCCAGUUGGCCUCCCCAUUCUUAUCUAAAGACCAAGAAUGGGAUACCUACCUCACAGGGCUGUUGUGAGGACAGAGCCAAAGACCUGGUCACCUGGCCAAGCACCUGGUAGUU